UGACACAUAUUACAUGUUUCGCAUUGCACAUUAUUAUCUGUAAGUAGUUGUUUAUAAACUGCAUCGAUAAAACCUAAAACCUUAAUUCAGGCACGGAGUAUAGGACGGCAGAACAUAUAUUGCAACAUUCAAGCGGGUUUGGAAUAAAACAGUUCAGCUCAACAUUAGGCUGCAAUGGAGAUUCUGGGAAUGGUAAACUUGCCGACUUGGCUAGUUUGCAUCAUCAUGACUGUGAUGACAGUUUGUCUCUAUACAUGGUACAAACAAAGCUACUUCAAGCGCCUUGGAAUACACACGAAGCCAACCGUUUUCUUCUUGGGAGAUAUGUUUGAACUUUCAAAAAAGGGUUUUGGGUAUAUUGAUGAUCAAAUGGUGAAAGAAAAUGGAAAGAUAUUUGGGUUGUACCUUGGCAAUAUUCCAACACUCGUUAUAAGUGACACAGACAUUAUAAAACAGAUAAUGGUGAAAGAUUUUUCUAAGUUUACUGAUCGUGUGUCGCUUGUUCAAGUGACGAAGAAAUGGAAAUCAGCUGUCUCCGUAGCCAGUGGAGAACAUUGGAGAUUCUUGAGGACAACUCUGAGUCCAACCUUCACUACUGGAAAGAUAAGAGAGAUGAAACCCUACAUCCAUAAAUGCAUGAAGACACUGCUGGAAUUGUUAUCUGAAAAGACUGAUCAGAAUCCAGAAGGUUUUAACAUCGUACCAAAUUUGUCCGGUUAUACGUUGGAUGUAAUAUGCAGUACUGGUUUUGGUCUUGAUGUCGACGCACAGAAAGAUCCUGAUAAUCUCAUAAUCAGAUACGCCAGGGAAUUCCUUGAAUUCAGAGGCUUAAGGAAUCCAUUAUUCCUUGUACAAAUGUUCUUUCCCGAUCUGUCAAGCAUAUUUGGCAGACUUCUAGAAACAAACAUUGUUUCAAACGAGGCGUUUGAUUUCUACAUGUCAACAAUGAAAAAGGCAUUCACCGACAGAAAACAGGCUCAGUCAAAACAUCGGGACCUUCUUCAGCUUUUGAUAAAUACACACAAGGGGGAAUUAGGUGAAAAUGAGAUUGACACUGAAGAAACUACUUUUGAAGGAAUGAAACAGAGAGGUUUGACUGAUGAAGAAGUUUUACUAAACUCUAUUAUAUUUAUGGUAGCUGGAUAUGAUACAACAGCGACCACUUUAUCUUGGAUCGUGUAUGAUCUUGUUACUAAUACAGAAUGUCAGGAAAAACUCAUCGAGGAGAUAGACGCCGAAAUUGGAGAAUCAGAGACGACGUAUGACAAUGUAUUCAAGUUGAGGUACCUUGACAUGGUUGUAAACGAGACUUUGAGAAUGCAUCCACCAGCACAAAGGAUCAACCGUUUGGCUUUGGAAGAUGUUAAAAUAAACGGUUUACAAAUACUGAAAGGGAUGGAUUGCACGUUUUCAAUACUGGCACUGCAUUAUAUGCCGGAAUAUUGGGAAAACCCAUACAAAUAUGACCCAGAAAGGUUUGCCCUGAAAAACCAAGCCAACAUAAAUCAGUAUGCUUACAUGCCGUUGGAAAACCCGAGGGUAUAUGCGGAGAGUGGACCGAGACAAAGGUUCUCGUUUUAUGAAUUACCGGCUGCAAAUGCCCGAGGGAAGGUUGGUGACGAGACUAAAGGUCUCGUUGUAUGUAUUAACGUUCUGCAGAAGCCCGAGGGAUAUGCUGCGAUGGAGAUUCUGGGAAUGAUAAACAUGCCGAUGUGGCUAGUUUGCAUCAUCGUGACUGUGUUAACAGUUUGUCUUUAUACAUGGUACAAACAAAGCUACUUCAAGCGCCUUGGAAUACACACGAAGCCAACGGUAUUCUUCUUGGGAGAUAUGUUUGAACUUUCAAAAAAGGGUUUUGGGUAUAUUGAUGAUCAAAUGGUGAAAGAAAAUGGAAAGAUAUUUGGGCUGUACCUUGGCAAUAUUCCAACACUCGUUAUAAGUGACACAGACAUUAUAAAACAGAUAAUGGUGAAGGACUUUUCUAAGUUUACUGAUCGUGUGGCCCUUUUUCAAGUGACAAAGAAAUGGAGGUCAGCUGUCUCUGUAGCCAGUGGAGAACAUUGGAGAUUCUUGCGGACAACUCUGAGUCCAACCUUCACUACUGGAAAGAUAAGAGAGAUGAAACCCUACAUCCAUAAAUGCAUGAAGACACUGCUUGAAUUGUUAUCUGAAAAGACUGACCAGAAUCCAGAAGGUUUUAACAUCGUACCAAAUUUGUCCGGCUAUACAUUGGAUGUAAUAUGCAGUACUGGUUUUGGUCUUGAUGUCGACGCCCAGAAAGAUCCUGACAAUCUCAUAAUCAAAUACGCCAGGGAAUUUCUUGAAUUCAGAGGCUUAAGGAAUCCAUUAUUCCUUAUACAAAUGUUCUUUCCCGAUCUGUCAAGCAUAUUUGGCAGACUUCUAGAAACAAACAUUGCUUCAAACGAGGCGUUUGAUUUCUACAUGUCAACAAUGAAAAAGGCAUUCACCGACAGAAAACAGGCUCAAUCAAAACAUCGGGAUCUGCUUCAGCUUUUGAUAAAUACACAUAAGGGGGAAUUAUGUGAAAAUGAGAUUGACACUGAAGAAACUACUUUUGAAGGAAUGAAACAGAGAGGUUUGACUGAUGAAGAAGUUUUAAUAAACUCUAUUGUAUUUAUGGUAGCCGGAUAUGAUACAACAGCGACCACUUUAUCUUGGAUCGUUUAUGAUCUUGUUACUAAUACAGAAUGUCAGGAAAAACUCAUCGAGGAGAUAGACGCCGAAAUUGGAGAAUCAGAGACGACGUAUGACAAUGUAUUCAAGUUGAGGUACCUUGACAUGGUUGUAUACGAGACUUUGAGAAUGCAUCCACCAGCACAAAGGAUCAACCGUUUGGCUUUGGAAGAUGUUAAAAUAAACGGUUUACAAAUACUGAAAGGGAUGGAUUGCACGUUUUCAAUACUGGCACUGCAUUACAUGCCGGAAUAUUGGGAAAAUCCGUAUAAAUAUGACCCAGAAAGGUUUGCCCCUGAAAACCAAGCCAACAUAAAUCAGUAUGCUUACAUGCCAUUUGGUCAGGGUCCAAGGAAUUGUAUUGGGAAAAGGCUAGCCCUGCUGGAGGUCAAGACCACUGUUGUAGUUUUACUGCAGAAAUUCAGAUUGCACAGGACAGAUAAGUUACAAGUUCCGAUGCCUGUGUCCGAUGUUAACCUAGGUAAACCAGCCAAACCGGUAUUUGUGCGAUUGGAAAAGAGAUCAAAGAAUUAAAUACAGCUCCAUUUUACAUAUAUGUUGCAGCAAUUACAUAAGCCUGAAGUAACACAGUACAGUAACUCAAACAUGUAAAUACAUUAUCGUCGGCGUUUUGAAUACCAUAUCCUACCAUGAUCCUACCAUGAUGAAAUGACCACUCUCGUUGUGUCAUUAAGAUCUGGAUACAUCUUAGAUGGGUUAACUCGAAAAAGAAAUUAUAUUCCGCUACAUAAAUUCAUCGUUUUUAUUGAAAAAGUAUUAGAACAUCUCCCUGAUAAACUUCCGAAGUGAUACAAAUACAAGUUGUGUUAACCAUAGAACUUUCCAAAGACAUCCAAAAGUAAAAGGAAUUCAUUAAAGUGAUUAAAACUUACUUACCGAAUCUGAUUCUGAUGGAAGCACUUUUUUGAAUGAAUUUUGUGUCGUUUUCAAUUUUUGGAUGAGCAUAAUUAUGAGAAAAUGCAUUUCUUUCUUAUAAACGGUGUUUAAAAGUUUCUUUUAAAAAAGAUAGGGGUUGCGUUUUCAAAGUACCUUAGCUGUCCUCUAUCAUUACGUCAAGUUUCUUGAGUUUUUCCUUUAAUUGUUGCAAAGUGUAAAAGGGAGAUUAUCUAAAUGUACUUUAAGCCAGAGCUAUUGCUGAUGCACUUUCCUUGCUGUCACGAAAGAAUUAUAUUGUUCUUAAAAGGUAAAUUAAAACGUAUUUAGAAAAUAUUUACGCUUCUUAAGGUUUAAUAUCCUUUAUUGAAAACUUCCAUUCUGGUGGCGAUGGUAUAUAACCGUAUGUAGGCGGUUUGUAAAUGUAUUGCUUUCUUAGACCAUUGAUUAGAGCUCUGGACUUGAGAGAACAUUGUUCGUUUGAUUGAAUUUCGAUCAAAAACCUAAUAAUGAUCGAUUUGAAAUUUUAUAUUUUGGCCUAUAAAAUGUAGAUGGUGAACUUUUGAUUUUUUUCUUAAAAUGAUCAUCCAACGGAUUAUAUUACAUAAAGAUGUAUAUAAGAAAUACAAGCUAUCUGUUCGCCCAAUCUUCCUUAGAGAGACAUACAUAGUGUUUGGACUGUCCUUCAGUUGGUCCGACACACUUUUUUAUAUAUUCAACUCGUCCUACAGUUAAUAUCAAUUUCAAAGAAAACCUGCUAAACAUAUAGCGGACAUGCGCAUAAUGGCAGGACUUCAUGUCCAAUCAUUAUUUCUUGAGUUAUGGUCCGAUUUUGGACUGAUCAAUAUAACAAUUGUAGCCUAUAUAAUCGGGACUUUUACAGCCGAUUAUUAUAUUCUUUAGUUAUGCCCCGUUUUUGGACUUACUUAAACUAUAUCGUAUCUUUUGUAUCAUUUCCUACAGUGUCUGUUGAGUCCAAAUGAAAUAUGGUAUAAUUGAAUCCAAAUGAAUUAUGGUAUAAUUGAAUCCAAAUGAAAUAUGGUAUAUACACUGUCAACAUUAAGUGGGCAUGUGGAUGUUGUCGGGACUUUCAUAUCUGUUUGUUUUAGUUAUGACAUAACCGUAUUUCAUCCACACCAGUCAGAUACAUUGUGCACUCAACUCCUUCUACAUUUUCCAGCAAAUUCAAAUGGAAAUUUUAGUCAAGUAGUUUCAGGGGACAUGUGUCAUACCAUGCAGACACCAUUCUUGUUUAAAUAUUUUUUUUAUAAUUUGUAGUUUGUAAGAUAUUAUUUUCAGUUUGUCGAAUACAUCUUUUUUGUAAAUAUGAUUUGUUUUACGUACUUUUAUACAAUUUGCUUUAAUGGUAUUCUUGCACAUGUUUUUUUGUAUUUUGACGAAUCAUUUCGGGAAAAUUAACAGUUAUAUAAAAUAAAAGGGAUUGUGUAUUUUUAUUACAUGUAAAAGAGAGUUUUUGAUCAUUUUAAUUAGAUCAUAUUUUAUAGUAAAUAUAAACAUUGAUAUUGUAUAUGUAUGAUUAAUAUUAAAAAGAAAACAACCAUUAGAUAUA